AAAAAAAAAAGGCAAUGGAAGUAAGUGCGGAUCAGCCACGAUGGAUGAGCCAUCAUCCCGCGGUGUUGAACGAGCAGCAUCCCGGCUCACAUCACCCGGGCCUCGGCCACUCAUACAUGGACCCUUCGCAGUAUCCCCUCGCUGACGAUGUGGAUGUACUCUUUAAUAUCGAUGGACAGGGGAACCACGUCUCUCCAUACUAUGGAAACUCAGUCCGAGCCGUCCAGAGGUACCCUCCUCCUCCACACAGUAGCCAGGUGUGCCGUCCUUCAUUACUGCACGGCUCUCUGCCCUGGCUGGAGGGGAGCAAAGGCAUCGCCCCGCACCACAGCACUUCCCCUUGGAACCUGAGCCCCUUCCCCAAGAACCCCUUACACCACGGUUCCCCGGCCAGCCUGUCCGUCUACCCCCCGGCCUCCUCCUCCUCCCUGUCCACCGGUCAUUCCAGUCCGCACCUCUUCACGUUUCCCCCGACCCCUCCGAAAGAUGUAUCCCCGGACCCGGGCAUAUCCACCCCGGGCUCCAGCAGCUCCGGUCGGCAGGAGGAUAAAGAGUGCAUAAAGUACCAAGUGACCCUGGCCGAGAGUAUGAAACUGGAGUCAGCUCACAGCCGGAGCGUGGCAUCAAUCGGAGCAGGGUCAUCCUCUGCCCACCACCCCAUCGCCACAUACCCAUCCUAUGUCCCUGAAUACGGCCCAGGCCUCUUCCCACCAAGUAGCCUGAUAGGUGGGUCAUCUUCUAGUUAUGGUUCCAAAACAAGACCAAAAACAAGGUCCUGUUCAGAGGGUAGAGAGUGUGUGAACUGCGGGGCCACGUCGACUCCGCUGUGGAGGCGGGACGGUACGGGUCACUAUCUGUGUAACGCCUGCGGACUCUAUCACAAGAUGAACGGGCAGAAUCGCCCUCUCAUCAAACCCAAGCGGCGGCUGGUACGUUUCCACCUCUCCAUCUCUCUAUUGAUGACAUUUCCGUCUCUCUCUCUGUUUUUCCCCUAUCCAGGAAGAAGUAGGCCUAUUAGCUGCAGGAAAUUGACUCGACAAGUGCAGUCCGCAGCCAGACGGGCAGGGACGUCAUGCGCAAACUGUCAAACGACAACGACGACACUGUGGCGGAGAAACGCCAACGGGGACCCGGUGUGCAACGCCUGCGGCCUGUACUUUAAACUGCACAAUAUCAACCGACCUCUGACCAUGAAGAAGGAAGGCAUCCAGACCAGGAACAGGAAGAUGUCCAGUAAGUCCAAGAAGAGCAAAAAGUCCCAAGACACCAUGGACGACUUCUCCAAGAGCCUGAUGGACAAGAGCAGCUCCUUCAGCCCGGCCGCGCUCUCCCGCCACAUGUCAUCCUUCCCUCCCUUCUCGCACUCAGGCCACAUGCUGAGCACCCCCACACCCAUGCACCCUUCCUCGGGCCUCCCAUUCGCCCCCCACCACCCUUCCAGUAUGGUCACAGCUAUGGGUUAAACCUCCCAGAGCUGCGUCGCCCCCUGAACCCUCGGCCUCGCCACCACCACACCCCCCCUCGGUACCUCUGCUGACCUGCUUCCAUAUCCUAAAAAGACAAAUAAACUUCUCCUCGGCCCAACCUAAGCUCCCCCGUCUCACCACCGAGCCGCGGCGUGUGAGAGCGACAGGCCUUAGGCUCCUUUAUCCUCAGUUGUAUCUUAUUUUUAUAAAAAUCAAAGUGUACCUCUGCGAUGUGAAUGCUUUGCAGACUUGACUUGACUGUGGCGCACUGACCUCCAGGGGGAAGAUUUUUUUUUUCCUCCAACCAAGGGGGCGAGAAAGAACAUUUUCUCCCCCAAAAAACCACCGCCACCACCACAUAGACGCUGUCCUCCCAGCUGAUCCCAUGAUAAGCAGCUCCAUUUGUGUACAAAAAGCCAUUUUUCCACUCAAACAUCACAAAAACAAACAUUACAAAAACUUUUAUGGUGCCCUCUCCCUUAAUUUCCCAGCCCACCUCUCUUCAACCUACACCUGUGUAA